CAUUCCCAACGUUCUUCAUCUUUUUUUAGAGGUCGCUUUCAAAAUAAACAUCCCAAGUUCAAGGACACGGCCUUGGCUAAAGUUAAUCGAAGGACAGACUUAGUUUGUCUUGCGUCUGUUUCAGGAGGACUUUGUUGGAUUUUUUUUGUAAAGAUAAUUCAGCAUGGCAAAGGUACAACAAAAACAACCUCAACAAGAGAUAGAUGAUGAUGAUAAUUUCUAUGAGGUUCAUCACAUUGUUGUGCAACACUUGGGACAAGUUCCUAUAGGCAAAGGUGACUUCAGUAAGCUGCCAAAAAAGGUGCAGAAGUUUGUUGCCAAAUGGGUACAAAAAUGUAAGCCAAGAGCUCUCUACAUUUGUGAUGGGUCGCGGGCUGAAGCUGAUGAAAUAAUCCACAAGCUUGAAGAAAGAGGACUUCUCCACAAACUUACCAAAUAUGACAACAACUACAUCUGUCGCACCGACCCUGCUGACGUAGCAAGAGUAGAGUCAAAGACAUGGAUGUGUACAAAAGACAAGUACACAACUGUACCACAUGUAGCGCCAGGUGUCCAGGGAAUUCUUGGAAGAUGGUGUUCUCCAGAAGAUGGCAAAAAAGCUUUGGAAAAUUUUGAUGGCUGUAUGGCAGGACGCACAAUGUAUGUGAUUCCAUUUAGUAUGGGACCUAUUGGAUCACCUUUAUCAAAGAUUGGUGUAGAGCUCACAGACUCCAACUAUGUUCUGUUGUGUAUGCGUAUCAUGACUAGAGUGUCACCUAAAGUCUGGGAUGCGCUUGGAGACGGUGAAUUUGUCAAGUGUUUACACUCAAUGGGAUCACCUAGGCCAAAUCAAAGGAAAACUAUCAACCAUUGGCCAUGCAACCCAGAAAAGGUAUUUAUUGGUCAUUUCCCAGAGACGAAAGAGAUUUGUUCCUUUGGAAGUGGCUAUGGUGGUAACUCCCUCCUCGGAAAGAAAUGUUUUGCACUUAGAAUUGCAAGCAACUUGGCCAGGGAAGAAGGCUGGCUAGCUGAGCACAUGUUGAUCAUGGGUAUCACAAACAAGAAAACAGGAAAAGAGACAUUUAUCGCUGCAGCUUUCCCAAGUGCAUGUGGUAAAACCAACAUGGCUAUGUUGACCUCUGCCCUUCCGGAUUUUGAGAUCAGAUGUGUUGGUGAUGAUAUUGCCUGGAUGAGGUUUGAUGAAAAAGGAGAUUUGUAUGGUAUCAACCCAGAAGCUGGCUUCUUUGGUGUAUGCCCAGGAACAAACAUGAAAACCAACCCGAAUGCUAUGAAGACUUGUAUGAGUAACACUAUCUUCACCAAUGUUGCUGAGACUCAUGAUGGUGGCUUUUUCUGGGAAGGACUUGAGGAUGAAAUUCCCGACAAGAAUGUUGGAAUCACCACAUGGUUGAAGCAGGACUUUAGAAUUGGAAAUCCAGGAAAAGCGGCACAUCCUAACUCAAGAUUCUGUUGCCCAGCUAGCCAGUGCCCAAUUAUACAUCCAAAGUGGGAGGACCCGAAGGGUGUGAAAAUUGAGGCUAUAAUCUUCGGAGGCCGAAGACCAACAGGUGUACCUUUGGUGUUUGAGUCAUUGAAUUGGCGUCACGGUGUUAUGGUUGGAGCCUGUGUAAAAUCAGAAGCGACUGCUGCUGCUGAAUUCACUGGCAAGAAGAUCAUGCAUGACCCAAUGGCAAUGAGGCCCUUCAUGGGCUAUAACUUUGGAAAAUACUUGGAACACUGGCUGUCUCUGGAGAAACCCCCACAUAAGGUAUUGCAGAUUUAAGAAUAAAAAGUAUAUAAAU